UUCUGUCUGCCGGUAUAAUCGAUCAUUUAUCUGUGAUCUGUGGAAGUCUUUUAACACAUCAGAGAGACGGACGAGCGGUGACUGUACUGUGGGCCCGCGCAUGCGCAGUGGGAGCCCCGGAGCCGCAGGAGAUCAGAGCUGCGCUCCAGCACAAUCACCAGGACGCCGUUAUGAGUGCCAAAGUGAACAUGGAGGCUCCAUCCAAAGAACCCGACCCCAUGGAGCCGUCGUCCUCGUCUCCCAGCGAGACCAUCCUCAUCUGUGGGACCGACAGCAUGGCCAAGAAGGCCCGACCUCAGACCCACACCACCACCACCACCACCACCACGGCCCUCCUCCUGCCAGCUCCUGGCCAUCAGAAGGUGGAGGUGACUCCAGCUGUUGCCGUGGGAACCCCAGGUAAAGGCGGCAGGGCCAAUGAGAUGGCCACACCCGCCCUGACAGCACAGGUGGGUGGAGCUUGCAGCAUCGUCCACGUCCUGGAGUGGAAGGAGGGGAUGGCCAUCCUACCCAGUAGCAACCUCAAGUUUUGCGUGAGUGACGUAGGAACGCUGAGCACACUGAUCACCCCGGGGACGACCGGCGGCACCAAUGAAGCAGCAGCCGGGACUUCUGGGAAAUCCACUGAGGCAGAAAACGCUGCAGACAAGCCAGAUGUGUCGGCGGCCGUCAGCGCUGUGAGAGCUGCAGCUGUGGAGCCGGAGAGGUUGGUGCCCGUCAAGCAGGAAGUCCAGGUCGGACCUGGACAGCAGAACCACGAUCCCAGAGCUCCGAGGAGCUACACCGAGGAGCUCCGCAGGGACCCGAUCACUGACAAGAGGAGCAUCGGGGUGGAGAAGGUCCCAGCAGGCGGCAGAGUCUCCUCCCUCAACCCUGACCACCUGAAGCCCAUGAGGAAGAGGAAGAGGAAGGAGUACCUGAGUCCGUCUGAGGAGGACUCUGACAUCGAGGGAACGGAUGAGAAGAUGGACGAUUCCAAAGUAGACAGCCGGCACAUCAGAGGAGGUGGAGACAGUAAGACGGAGCUGUGGACGUGGACUCAGUAUCUGGAGGAAAGCAAGGCUGUCGCUGCUCCCAACAAGCUUUUCCAGGAGUCCCAGAGAGUCCCGACAGUGAAGAACGGCUUCAAACAGGGGAUGAAGCUGGAAGGCAUCGACCCGCAGCAUCCCUCCAUGUACUUCGUCCUGACCGUGGCUGAGGUCUGUGGUUACCGGCUGAGGCUCCAUUUCGACGGCUACUCAGACUGCCACGACUUCUGGGUGAACGCCAACUCGCCUGACAUCCACCCUGCAGGCUGGUGUGAAAGCACAGGACACAAACUGCACACCCCCAAAGGCUGUAAAGAGGAGGAGUUCACCUGGACCAACUACCUGAGGAUGACUAAAGCACAAGUGGCUCCUAAAGAAGUGUUUGCGAGUCCCGGCAGGAUCGAUGUGAAGUGCGGUUUCGAGACGGGAAUGAAGCUGGAGGCCGUCGACCGCAUGAAUCCAUCCCUCAUCUGCGUAGCAACCGUCACCGACGUGGUGGACGACCGCUUCCUGGUUCAUUUUGACAACUGGGACGACACAUACGACUACUGGUGUGACGCCAGCAGUCCGUACAUUCACCCGAUUGGCUGGUGCCAGGAGAGGAACCUCCCGCUAACGCCACCCCAAGAUUACCCAGACCAGGGCCGCUUCUCCUGGUCUCUGUACCUGGAGGAGACCGGAUCCAAGGCGGUGGCUGCGGACGCCUUCAAAGUGCGGGCGGCCCACAGCUUCCAGCCGCAGAUGAAACUGGAGGCUGUAGACAAGAGAAGUCCUGGUCUGAUCAGAGUGGCCACGGUGGAGGAGGUGGAGACUCAUCGCAUUAAGGUCCAUUACGACGGCUGGAGUCACGUCUAUGAUGAGUGGAUGGACUCGGAUCAUCCAGACGUCCAUCCGGCAGGCUGGUGUGAGGCGACCGGUCACCCUCUGAAAGUUCCCCCACGGGACGGCAAAAUACAGCAGCUCCAUGGUGUGAGGGACCCUCCUGCUACCGGCCAGACCACCUACCCCUCCUCUGUUCCCUGUAAACCCAUCAGCCACCCCAGAACCAACAAGUACAGCUUCCACAACAGCAGGAAAUGUCCGACUCCCGGUUGUGACGGUUCGGGUCAUGUGACCGGUCGUUUCACCGCCCAUCACUGCAUAUCCGGCUGCCCGUUGGCCGAGCGUAACCAGGGCAGGCUGAAGGCCGACCUGUCCGACUCAGAGUGCAAGAGAAACCUUUUCUUCGGCCAGAGGACCAAGAAGACUCACUACCGUGGCAGGAUUGGUCGUCCUCCCAAAUACAGGAAGAACCAGCAAAGAGACUACCAGAACAUGUCCUCAGAGGGAGUGUAUCCGUCGCUGUUCAUGUCGGCUCUGAGCGGUCAGUCGGACCGGACUCUGUCUCUCUGCUGGGAGCAGCACUGUAAGCUGCUGCCCGGCGUUCAGGGGAUUCACGCCAGCCAGGUGGCAGCAUGGAGCGUGGAAGAGGUCUUCAGGUUUGUCCAGAAUCUGAUCGGCUGUGAAGAACAGGCUCGGCUCUUCAAAGAAGAGAUGAUCGACGGGGAGGCGUUCCUGCUGCUGACCCAAACCGACAUCGUGAAGAUCAUGAGCAUCAAGCUGGGUCCCGCCCUCAAGAUCUCCAACGCCAUCCUCAUGUUCAAGAGCACAGACGAGGGACUCAAGUGAUCCCGCUCGCUGGGAGCCGAUCAUCAUGUGCCAAAUUCAUUCUGUUGCAGGGGAAAAGACCCUGAACCCUUUUUCAUGUGUUUGGUGUCCUGUACCCAUCAGAGAGAGGGAGGGGGGGAGGCCAGGAAAUUGGAAAAUCUGGAUAUUAUGGGGGGAAUGAUGGCAAAAUCUUGUAUAGUUGACAAAUUGCUGGACAAAUCUGAGUUCAGUAUCAGGGUUCAGUUAUUACUGUUCGUUACCGUCCACAGCGUGUUCGGCUAAAAAACCUCAAGUAAGUUCAUUUCCAGCCACAUAUUUUCAUGUUGAAUUUGAAUGAUAAGCCUUGCUGUUUCAGGUUCUGCAUCAGUUUAGAGAGGACGUCUUAAAAAAGAAGAAAACUGAUUCUUUUAAAGACAUAUGUUGGUUUUCCUGCUCCCCAGAUUUAGACAAAAUAAAGAGAAUAUGCAGAAAGAUCCAGAAAAACUGAUUGAACUCAUGGGACUGGACAGGGGAAAUGUAGGGAAGAAGUCAGAGGAGGUAAAUGCAGUAAGUGAGGCUCCUGCAAGCUUCACGUUUUGUGCAAUAAAGAAGAGUAACACUAAUAUUACAGCUCCUUGUAUUUAUCAGACAAACUGUUGCACUGUGACAGUAUAAUAUAGGAAAUAAGCUGCUUUAUUUAGACUGUUGGAAAAAGAAUUACGGCAGAAUUUCAGGAUCUUUAUGAAGCUAUUUUUGUUUUCUGCCUCGAAAUGUGAAAAGUCAAGCGACAGAGGAGCUGUACAGUUUAAAAUGGACAUAAACGCCACAGUUUUUAAUCUCUAUAUGCAAAAGGUCUGAAAUUAUUUUUUAGCAAAUCUUAAUAGAUGAAAAGGACUCUUUGCAUUGGCAUUUUAGCACAACUGUGAAACCCAAAUGAUGAUAUUCCCACACUUGGUCACUAGAGAGUGCAAAAAUCCACAUUUUUAGCACUAUAAAGACGUAUUUGGUCUCUAGCCAGUGGAGCUCUGUACAGUUUACGUGUGAUGGAAACUCCAUUCAGACUGUGUUCACCCAGAUGUUUACAUUUUAUGUCAGAGUUGGUUUAAAAAAAUGAAUCUACUGUAUGGAGUUGACAUUGUGAGAUGAAAGUUGAAUGUUUUAAGGGCUCUUGGAAUCUUAAAUAUUACUUCUUUGCGUGUCUCUCUGGUGGGCUUCGUGCGUGUGCGUGUCAAGAUAAUCUCGGGUCACAAUCGUCAUUCAAUCCAUAAGAAUCAAUAAACGUCCAAAGCUGUCUCGUCUGA